UCUGCUCAGCCCCGGAUCCAAGCUCCAGGCUGGUGCGGGAGCAGGGUGGGGGCUAGAGAGGUGGGGGCCCAGAAAGGUAGGCCUUCUCCAGCUCCCCCCACCACACCUCAGACAGCUUUUUUCCUGUUAUUUGUGCCGUGGGGAGUCACGGCUGGGUUCCUGGAAGAGAUGCCGGCUACCUAGGCUCAGAAGAAAAGCAGCGGCCUGGGGCCUGGGCCUGUGCCCGUCCCUGCACGGCCUUGGGGCUCAGAGAGCCUGUCUGGGAGCAGGCCCUGCACUCGGCUACCAGCCUGGAGAGUCGCCGAGGGAUGAGGACGCUACAGCCCAGUGGGACGCCCUUUCAGCCCUCGCGGCCGCAAGCGCACAGCGCCCAGGAGCCGGGCCGAGCUUGACGCCCUGACGUCUCCCGUCGCGCACAGGGAUCUGCAAGUGAACUGAUCGGCCAUCUCCCUACUGCAUGGACAGGCUGCAGAAGCAACCACUUACCUCCCCCGGGAGGGUGAGCUCCUCCCAAGACUCCAGUGCUCCCGGCUCUCCCUCCAGCAUCGUGGCCAAGAUGGACAAUCAGGUGCUGGGCUACAAGGACUUGGCAGCCAUCCCCAAGGACAAGGCCAUCCUGGACAUCGAGCGGCCUGACCUCAUGAUCUACGAGCCCCACUUUACCUAUUCUCUCCUGGAGCACGUGGAGCUGCCCAGGAGCCGGGAGCGCUCACUGUCACCCAAAUCCACAUCCCCCCCACCAUCCCCAGAGGUGUGGGUAGGGAGCCGGUCCCCUGGAACCAUCUCUCAGGUUUCAGCCCCGAGGACCACAGGGACCCCGCGAACCAGCCUGCCCCAUUUCCACCAUCCUGAGACCACCCGCCCAGACUCCAACAUCUACAAGAAGCCACCCAUCUACAAGCAGAGAGAGUCCACGGGAGGCAGCCCCCAGAGCAAGCACCUGAUUGAGGACUUCAUCAUCGAGUCAUCCAAGUUCCCUGCGGCCCAGCCCCCUGACCCCAACCAGCCGGCCAAGAUCGAAACCGACUACUGGCCAUGCCCCCCGUCGCUGGCCGUCGUGGAAACAGAAUGGAGGAAGCGGAAAGCGUCUCGGAGAGGGGUGGAGGAGGAGGAGGAGGAAGACGAUGACUCUGGGGAGGAGAUGAAGGCUCUCAGGGAGCGUCAGAGAGAGGAGCUCAGCAAGGUUACUUCCAACUUGGGGAAGAUGAUCUUGAAAGAAGAGAUGGAAAAGUCGUUGCCUAUCCGGAGGAAGACCCGCUCCCUGCCCGACCGGACGCCCUUUCAUGCCUCCUUGCACGCCGGAACAUCUAAGUCAUCUUCGCUCCCGGCCUAUGGCAGGCCCACCCUGAGCCGGCUACAGUCCACAGACUUCAGCCCGUCUGGGAGCGAGACUGGAAGCCCAGGUGUGCAGAACGGAGAGGGCCAGAGGGGGAGGAUGGACCGGGGGAACUCCCUGCCCUGUGUGCUGGAGCAGAAGAUCUAUCCCUAUGAAAUGCUGGUGGUAACCAACAAGGGGCGGACCAAGUUGCCUCCAGGCGUGGAUCGGAUGAGGCUGGAGAGGCACCUGUCGGCCGAGGACUUCUCCAGGGUAUUUGCCAUGUCUCCCGAAGAGUUUAGCAAGCUGGCUCUGUGGAAGCGGAACGAACUCAAGAAGAAGGCUUCUCUCUUCUGACCGCCCCACACUCCUGGCUGCCCCUCACCCCUGCUGCUCCCUGGAGCUGGGCCCCUAACGCAUCAUCUCUUGGGGGAGCAGGAGGUGGGCAGAGGUGGGGCUGGCUCCACACGGGGUCAAGGGGAGCCCGGGCUCCUCUCAGCGCUGGGGUGGGAGACGUGGAUGUUCUUCCCGUCGGGUGUCGGGGGCCUCCCCUCACCUCUGGUCCUCACUGCACAGGGCAAACCCAGGCUGGACUCCAGCACCCACAGAGUGAAUGUCUGCGCCCUCUCCCUGUCCCCUCCCCAUGGAGAGGUCCCCAGAAGGGUGAGAGUGAGGAGACAUGAACAUGGCACUUGGUGGUCAGGCCUGUCAAUAUCUAGACCAGUGGGCGGCGAGCACCCUCGAGCCUGGCAGGAGGGGGGGCGGUGGGAAGCAGCAGGCAGGCAGGGACCCCCAGGACCCUGGCUCUGCCCAGCACUCCUCGCCUCACCUCAGACAGCCUCCCCUGCACCCGGGCCUCCCGGGCCUGACCCCGGCAGGAGCAAGAUGGAGUUCGGCCUCCGGCGGGGGGGCCACCCUUGCCCCCCAGCUUACCCUGUUCUGUCCUUGCAAAUCUUGCGCUUCGAAGCCUCUUGCUCAGCCCCGUGGCUUCCCCAGAAGCCUUGGCUUUGAGUGGAGAUGCCGCCUAUACUGAACCCCAGUCCCUAUCAGCCUCCAGGCAAAGUGAGCUUGAAUCCUACCUUCCGACACCCGGGUCCUAGGCAGAGCCAGGCCUUCAGGCUCCCUGAGUGGGAUCAAGAGGCCAGGCUGGGUGACCUGGCCCCCCGGUCCCACCGUACCCCCCACCCCCCACCAUGUUCUCUAAAGAAUGUAAUUUAUUGGGGCGCCCCCGGCUGCUCUCCUCAUCCAACGUUCUGCCCUACCUAAUCACAUCCCCAGCUUUUCUUCUCUACAAAUCCAUAUGUGUAUAUAAUUAUAUAUAUAUUUUUGCCCAGGUCUGGGUUUUGUUCCUGCCCGGACGCUGG